UCGUGUGCCAGACACGCAACCACUGAGCCACAAGCAGCUUCGCGUUAACUGGAGAGCCGAGGAGUCGCGUGCCAGGAGCCGAGGGCUGAGUGACAGGCGUGCACCGCCACCAGUCCACAAGACCCCGGGCACUCCAAACUCUGGGGUCCCAGGCUCCCCGUGGAGCCACGGCUGCAGCGCCCGGCCGCGGGGACGAGUGCGCCAGGAUGUUCGUCAAAUCCGAGACCCUGCAGUUAAAGGAGGAGGAGGACGUGCUGGUGCUGCUGGGCGCGGCCUCCCCGGCUUCGGCCGCGCUGACCCCGCUGUCGUCCAGCGCAGACGAGGACGAAGACGAGGAGCGGGGCGCGCAGAGUGGGGCACGCGCGGCCAGGCUGGGGGCGGCGGGCACUGGGGGCUGCGGGCCGGAACGGACACCCGGGCCCGGGCUCGAGGGCAAGCGGCGUCCCCCGCGAGCCAGGGCGGCCUCGCGUGGCGCCAAGACGGCUGAGACGGCGCAGCGCAUCAAGAGGACGCGCAGGCUGAAGGCCAACAACCGCGAGCGCAACCGCAUGCACAACCUCAACGCGGCGCUGGACGCGCUGCGCGAGGUGCUGCCCACCUUCCCCGAGGACGCCAAGCUCACCAAGAUCGAGACGCUGCGCUUCGCGCACAACUACAUCUGGGCGCUCACCGAGACGCUGCGGCUGGCCGAGCAGUGCGGGGCCGGCCUGCCGGGGGCGCUUUUCUCCGAGGUGGCGGGCGCCGCGCCCCGCAGCAGCGGGGACAGCCCGUCGCCCGCGCCCACGUGGAGCUGCACCGCCAGCCCCGCGCCGUCUUCUGCGGCGUCCUCCAGCGCCACCUCCCCCCACAGCUGCACUUUGUCGCCCGGAAGCCCGGCCGGGUCCGACCUGGACUACUGGCCGCCGCCGCCCGCCGACAAGCACCGCUACGCGCCGCACCUGGCCCUGGCCCGGGACUGCGGCGGGCCUUAGGGGGCCGCGGUCCUCCCGCACCCACUGAGCGGUGCCCACCUGUGGCCCGGCCGUGGGCGCUCACCGGGCCCCCGCGGCGAGCGCAUCGCCCAGAAGCCCUGCAACUGAUCGCGCUCCGGUCCCCUCCGCGCCUGCACGAGAUAUAAUGUCGCCAGGAAGCCGUGCGUCCCGGCAGCUGAGGGUUCCCGCAGGAGUGCUGUUCGCAGCCCCGCAGCGCGCGGCACCUGCUGCUUCCCAUUGCAGCCCGGCCUGCGGGCGGUGGGAACUUCACCUGUCAGACCAAACUUUCCCUCUUUGACGCGCACUUUGUCCCUUUCCCCAGAUUCGUCGCAAUGCCUAUUGUCCCGUCCUCUCCUUUUUCUUCCCCACUGGGCCAUCUGCCUCUUAUGAUUUAUAAGGGGAGGAAAAACUUGCUUUGUGAGAGGGCCAGGUUAGAAGUCAUUGUAUAAUUUGUAGGCUUUGUGGCGACUGAAUGCAAGCGUGGAAAUUUAGGCUGAACUCGCUAUCAAAAGGAAAAAUGUGGAGGAAAAGGGAAAAACCAGGAGGGAGGAUUGCUUCAUGCAUUAUUCAUCUCGACCUUUUAAGGGAGGGGAACUCCCCCAUUCUUUCAAGAGAUUAAAAAUAAAUCAACAGCCUGAAAACCCGAGCAGACACGGAGAAUUACCCGGAUCAACCACACACGUGUUCCCUUCUAUUUAUUAUAAAGAAAAUUUUCAUGGGAAAAUUAUGUAUUUUUUGUAUAUUCUACAGAGUUUAUUCUAGUAUGUAUUUACAUCUUGAAGAGCAAGAAAGUCAUUC